AUUUAGGAACAAAUUAAACAAACAAAUAAAAAGUACGUAGCAUAUAAAAAUGAGGUGAGAGUAGAAUCACGGUAUCACCUACACUAGAGCACGUCGUCUUCAAAGCUGUGUCAACGCUUUUUAAAAAUUCUCAGCUGCCCGAUUGAAGCUCUACCUGUAUACUAUAUAAGAAUCACAGAUAGCUAGAGAGAUGAAGAGAGAGGGGGUUGAUUAGGGCAGCCGGAGAAGAGAUUCAGAUUUCCGGCGAAAUUCUCGUCGGAAAACUGGGAUAGACGGGUUUUCCGGCGGAAAUGAAGCGGAAAGGGGCGAAGAGCUUGAAAAUCGGUAAUGUUGUAGAGAGAACAGACCGAGUUGACUCGGAUACGACGAUGGGGAAGAAGAAAAAUGAGGGAUUCAAGAGGCGAUUGGUGAAGUACGAGGCCUUGCCUGAGUACCUAAAGGACAACGAGUACAUUUUGGAUUAUUACAGGUGUGAAUGGCCGUUGAAAGAGACCUUGUGUAGCGUCUUCGCUUGGCACAACGAAACCCUAAACAUCUGGACGCAUUUGGGAGGUUUCUUGAUAUUUGUGGUGUUGAUGGUGACGAGCUCAAUGGAGAGGACGAAGGUCGAAGCUUUGAUCGCCAAUCUCUUCAGACCUGCUAUUCAAGCACCGUUGAUGAAGAUGAUGAUGAUCAAGAACAUCAACGACUCAGAUGCUUCCUUUCCUGAUCUACAUCUAGGAGACAUUCCUCAGCUUCAACAUGUGAAUGGACGUGGUGAUUCUGAUGCAAUUCCUAGAUGGCCUUGGUUUGUUUUCUUAAUCGGGGCAAUGGGCUGUUUAGUUUGUAGCUCCAUUUCCCACCUCCUUGCUAGCCAUUCCCAACGAUUUAGCGUCUUCUUCUGGCGCCUUGAUUAUGCUGGCAUUUCCCUCAUGAUAGUCUGCUCCUUCUUUGCACCCAUCUAUUAUUCUUUCUCCUGCCACCCAUAUUCACGACUCUUUUAUCUUACCUCUAUUUCCUUGCUUGGUAUCCUUGCCAUUAUCACCCUCCUUGCUCCUGGUCUCUCCUCUCCUCGUUUCCGAUCCUACAGGGCCGCCCUUUUCCUCACCAUGGGCUUCUCAGGCGCCAUUCCAGCAGCGCAUGCUGUUGCCCUCCACUGGGACCAUCCACAGGUAUUUGUGGCACUUGGAUACGAGCUUGCCAUGGGUGCUUUAUAUGCUGUAGGAGCUGGGUUCUAUGUUGGUAGAAUUCCGGAACGGUGGAAACCUGGUGCAUUUGAUAUUGCAGGGCAGAGUCAUCAGAUUUUCCAUGUGUUUGUUGUUGCAGGGGCACUUGCCCACAGUGCUGCCACCCUAGUAAUUAUGGACUUGCACCAGCAUACGCUAACUUGUGAUGGGUAACACAUGACAACAGUGAGGGCAUUUCUUAGCACCAGGAUGUAUUCUCUCUCUGUUACUCGUAAAAGUGUGAAGACUAUCAGCCUGCAAAUUUUGCCUGAAGGGUAGUCAAUGUUGUUGAAUUUCCGAUUUUCACUAUUCAAGAACAUACUCGUAUUUUUUGAAGAGAACGUGUUUCGUAAAUAGUAAUAUGAUGUCAUCGUAAUAGAGUGUUGUCAAAUUGUUGGUUCUCAUUUUCAGCUUCAAAGGUAUUUUCCUAUCAAGUGGCUACUUGAACUAGAAUGCACCUUAGUGGAUAGUUGCAUGUGGCAUCUAGAUUUGGAUUACUAUCAUGUCAUAUUUGGGAGCAAUGAAUCAGUGCCUUAGAUUUGGGACCGGUGCUGCCAAACAUAGCAUCAUAGUAUUGUUUGAGAUUGACUAGUAUUUCAUAGAGAAUUCAUAUAAGAUAAAUUUUCCUUUUGUACU